AUGGCCAGUGACAUUCCGUCUCGACACCGUGGCCUUGUCUUUGAAUCAGUUUCAAAGGAUCUGAGUGGCCUCCAAAUUCAAUCACUACCGACCCCAAAAGUUGAGGCGGGCAGCGCCAUUGUUCACGUCCUUGGUGCCAGCGUGCUGUCCUAUCAACGCGAUAUUUACAAUGGGGAGCGCGAAUACUAUCUUCCUAAGCCGCUGAUUGGCGGAUUUAGCGCCAUUGGGCGCGUUGUGGCCGUUGGAUCUGAUGCGGUGGCCUUGCAGCCAGGAAAGUUGGUGUACAUCGACUCUGUUAUCCGUGGACGUGACGAUUUCAAUGCUGUGAUUCUAUCUGGAGUUUCGGACGGAUUCAAUGAAGGCAGUGAAAAGCUGAUGAAAGACGUCUGGCGCAACGGAACAUUUGCCGAAUUCACCAAGUUCCCUCUGGAAAAUUGUAUCCCUCUCAAUGAAUCCAAACUACAUCAGGGCCUGGGUUACGAAAUCCUUGACCUGGCGUAUAUCAGCUAUCUCCUCGUGCCUUAUGGCGGUCUACGGGAUAUCAGAGUUGAACCUGGCGAGACUGUCAUUGUUUCCCCUGCAACUGGCGGAUUCGGAGGUGCUGGCGUUCAAGUUGCCAUUGCUAUGGGUGCCAACGUCAUUGCAAUGGGCCGGGAUGAGCAGGAACUGGCGAGACUAAAAGUCAUUGUUAUGGAGGGCAACCCCGGUGCCAAUAUCAAGACAGUCAAGAUUACAGGGGAUGAGGAGAAGGAUAUGAAAGCACUUCAAGCCCUUGGAACUAUUGAUGCUGUGUUGGAUCUUUCGCCACCUGCUGCCAGCAAGUCGCCGCACUUAAACAGUGCUAUUAGGGCAAUUCGACGCAAGGGCCGCGUCAGCCUGAUGGGAGGCUUCAUGGAGGGCCCUAUACCGAGUUUCGAGCUCAUUGCGAAGGAAAUUACUGUGAAAGGUAAGUUCAUGUAUGAGAGAGAGGACAUACAACAGUUCGUGAAAAUGCUGGAAACUGGCCGAUUUCCACGUGGCAAAAACUUUGUCAAUAUGAAGAGCUUUCCUCUAGAUGAGUGGAGGACCGCACUUGACGUGGCAGCUGAGUAUACUGGGAUUGGAAGAUCUGUGGUUAUUGUCCCAUAG